AUGUCGAACCAUUCGAACCCGCGACCGGAAAUGAGCAGCGCCGACGCCGCAGAGCGCGACUACUUCGGCGAGAACCCUCCCCCGAAAACCCUCGCCCUGCACACGAAGCUCGCAGAGGGCUUCAUUAACGACCACGCCGCCGCGGGCCGGCGCGUGGUCCUCGUCACCUCGGGGGGUACGACGGUGCCGCUCGAGCGGCAGACGGUGCGCUUCAUCGACAACUUCAGCGCGGGCACGCGGGGCGCGACGUCGGCCGAGUACUUCCUCGAGUCCGGCUACGCGGUCAUCUUCCUUCACCGGCAGUUCUCCCUGCUGCCGUACUCGCGCCACUACAGCCACGCGACGGACUGCUUCCUCGACUUCCUGCACGAGGGCCCCGGUGGCGACGUGGUCGCCAACGAGGAGUACCGCGAGAAGAUGCUGACGGUGCUGAGGAAGUACAAUUCGGCCAAGGAGAAGAACCGGCUGCUGACGCUGCCGUUCACGACGAUUAAUGAUUACCUAUUCGUGCUGCGCGCGAUUGCGCAGCUGAUGCGACCGCUGGGGCCGAAUGGGCUGCUGUAUUUGGCGGCUGCGGUGUCGGAUUUCUUCGUGCCGCCGGAGCGCAUGGUGGAGCAUAAGAUACAGUCGACGAAUGCGACGGACAAGCAGGCGGAGAGGGAAAAGGAAGAGGAGGAGGAGACGUUUGAUAAUUUUGACUCCUUGCCCAAGGAGCCGAGGAGUAAACGGUUGAUUGUGGAUUUGGACCCUGUGCCGAAGUUCUUGAAGAAUCUGGUUGAUGGGUGGGCGCCCGAGGGCAUGAUCGUGUCGUUCAAGCUGGAGACGGAUCCGGAGAUUCUGGUACAUAAAGCACAGUACUCGUUGGAUAGGUAUCAGCAUCACUUGGUGAUUGGGAACUUACUAUCCACGAGGAAGUGGGAAGUGGUGUUUGUGGCACCGGGACAGAAAGAUCAGUGGAUCAGGCUACCGAGGCAUAGAAGAAAGAAGACGUUUUCGUUAACUGGAAACACGGUCGGAGUCGCGGCGAGUGGCGAGGACAUUGGGGACAGACCGUUACACCCCAGUGAGCUGCCCGAGGGAGAGCCAGAGAUGGAGAUUGAGAGCCUGAUCAUUCCGGCGGUGGAAGCGUUACAUACGAAUCACAUCCAGAAGAUGAGGGCGAAGGCAUCCUCGUGA